AUGGUUGGCAUCCCAAGGAGCAAAGGAUGUAGAAUCUGCGUUCAGCGUCGCGUCAAGUGCGACCAGACGCGCCCUGUUUGCAAUAAUUGCUUGAGAGGCAAUCGCCCAUGUCCAGGCUACGACACGGACCUAAGGAUCCACGAUGAAGGCUCCAAACUUCGAAAGCGCUUUGGUCAGAAGGAUGGAAACGACCCCAAAAUCGGUCUCGAUAGACCGUCGCCGUCGGCCGCCAGCUCCCAUAGCCGAUCGACAGAAUCCUCCGAAGAAACGUUAGAUCUCAUUUCUUACCAGACUUCGCCCUAUGCUGCAGAGCAGCCGGGUUAUCGGGGCGCCGACAUGUUCCCAUCGCGCAAUCCUUUUCUGAAUAUCCUGGAGAAUCAAAUCAAUCCCAACUUGGAUCUCUUUGCUUUGGAGCCAACACCCGUUGACGAAUCAACAAACAGCGCUUCCGACAUCGAGUUUGACAUGACCCUCCGCAGCACGGUUUUCUCUCCAUAUAUUGCGCAGGAGCAGCUCUUGAGCACCUUUUCGUCGGCCUUCGCCACCCAUAGUGCACCGAACGUCCUUCCUGCCUACCUGCGCAAUCACAGCCGCUGGCUUUCACAGCUACCGGCCUUCUUUGGCACGAAACUUGUGGAUACAGCUGUUCGAGCCGUAUCUCUAGUACAUCUGGGGCGAGUCCAGCAAACGGAGGCUCUCGUGCAAGAAUCCCGGCAAUUCUACGGCAACGCGCUCCGACUUCUGAACCAGGCUCUGUCGGAUCAAGGGAAGGGCAUGGCGACUGAGACAUUGUCAGCCACCAUUCUACUAUCCUUUUAUGAGAUGCUGGCGUCCGAGUCCAAUGCGUCAUGGGUGCGACAUGCAGGAGGUGCAGGAGCAUUGAUGCGCAUCCGCGGCCCCAAGCGACAUCUGCGCGGUAUCGAUCGUGAUGUCUACCUUGCAUAUCGACACACAAUCGUGAUUGAUGCUUUCCAGCGAGACGAGGCUUGUUUCCUAGCUCAACCGGAAUGGGUGGACAUGGCCCGCCAAGUCCAUGAAGAGCUGCGUUCAUCCGGCAUAUCGCAUGAACGAGCCGAAAUCUUCGACCUGGCCGAAGAGUUCUACUGCGAAAAUGUCCACAUUCCAGGGACCUUUGCGGAAGCAAAGAAUCUUGAUGGCCUACGCCCGGUUCUUACUCCGGGGCAGUAUGGCAUUCUUGCGGCACGUAUUUUGGACCGUUGCAAACAGCACCGAUCGAAUCUCAAAUCCAUCAACAUGAAAUUCCGACUUGCUCUCGCGAAUCUUGGGCUCACCACAAUGAGCAUCACAGCGAAUGACCCCAUUUUCCCCACUCAAUAUGUCUACGUCAAUGUCUUUGUAGGUUCCACUCAGGUGGGCUACUGGACGAUACUGCUCCUGCUGAAUCUCGUUCUGAAGGAGAUGGAAAAGGAUUCGGCGCAGGAAAUGACGGGCCUCUAUCUCAUGGAAAACCGCGAGAUAGCACGGGAGAUUUGCCGUAGUGCACCAUACAUGAUGACAUCUUCCUUUUUGGGACCAUUCUUCGUUACCUUCGCCCUCAGGCUCUGCCUGAUGGUGUUUGAACCCGGAGCGGAGAGGGACUGGGUCGUCCGAAAGCUGAUCCACAUUGGGGACACGCGCAUGAGAAUGGCCUCCGAUCUGGCUGAUUUUGUCAAAGAUGGGAAGCCGCAAAGACUGCAAGCUCCCACUCCUGAAUUAUACGAGACGGGGAUGGCUUGA